AUGUGUAUCUGUGUUCUGUGUACGGUCCGAGAGCACCGUGGACACAACAUCACCUCAGCGGAGGAGGAGCGCAUCGAGAAGCAGAAAACGUUGGUUGUGACUCAGACUGAGGUUCAGCAUCUAAUACAGGAGAGGGCGAAAGAGCUGCAGGAGCUCAAACACAACAUGGAGGUUCUAAAGAGCGCUGCACAACGAGCUCAGACUGAGAGUGAUAAGACGUUCCAUGAGAUGCUGCAGGCGGUGGAGCGCUGGAAGUCUGAGAUAAACCAGAUGAUCAUGUCCAACAUGCAGUCGGCCAUGCUGCAGGCCGACAGCUACGUGGAGCGGCUGGAGCAGGAGAUCAUGGAGCUGCAGAGGAGGGACGCAGAGCUCAGGCAGAUCCUGGAGACAGAGGACAAUAUACACUUUCUACAGGCACUGACGUUUCAUCUGACAAUAAUGCGUUUUCUCAUGAGCAUAAUUAUAUCAUAUGGCACUAACGUCCUCAUGAACCCCCAGUUCUCUUUUGGGGACAUUAGUAAAACUGCUAUGGACAUGAAGGAGAAUCUGGACGAGAUCUGCAAGAAAGAACUCAGCAAGAUCUCCAAAACAGUAAAUGAAACUCCAGUGUAUAUUCUUCUGCCACGAAAUGGAGACAAAAGAAUAAAAAGUCCAUCAAGAGUUGACUUCCAGGAGCCAAAAACUAGAAAUGACUUCUUGAGAUACUCCUGUCGCCUCACAUUUGACCCCAACACAGCCUACAAAGAGCUGGUGCUGUCAGAGGGGAACCGUCGCGUCACCAGGAAGAAAACCGGCCAGUUCUACCCCGAUCACCCCGAGCGCUUUGACGGCUUCUCCCAGGUCCUGUGCAAGGAGCCCCUCAGCGGGUUUCGCUUCUACUGGGAGGCCGGGUGGAGCGGGGAGUUCUCCGUGGGCCUGGCCUAUCGCAGCAUCAGUCGCAAGGGCAAGAACUCCCACAGCCUGCUGGGAUACAACGACCGGUCUUGGAGCCUGUUGUGCUCAGACAACGGGUAUUCGGCCUGGCACAAUAAAGUGGACCGAGAUUUGCCCAGCGCACCCCGAGCCAGUAGGAUCGGGGUGUACUUGGACUACGCAGGCAAGAGCGUGUCCUUCUACGCAGUUUCAGAAUCGAUGGAGCUCAUUCAUAAGUUCAAAGCCGAGUUUUCCGAUCCGCUGUUUGCAGGGUUUGGAGUGGGGUCGUCUGUGUGGCUUUGUCAGCUAAAGAAUACUUCAAACUGA